AUUUCAUUUCAAACCAAGAGGCGAGACAAAUUUAAAUACAAUGCAACAUCAUCCAUUGCCGUUCAUCGGUGCGCAACUGUUGGCACAUCAUUCAUGCAACGGGAUGAUACUGCAUUGUUUGCACCGGGAUCUAAAUGCUUUUCACCGGCAAAACACGCAGGCACGCAUACACGCUCCCUUCCUUUCUUUUUUGUUAUCCCGGAGGAAUAAACGCCAAGGACUCUCACUUCACCCACGCUGCCCUCCUUCUGGAUGUCGUUUUAACCAAGACAGAGGUGUGCACUGAGUGUCCAAGACAAGCCGGGGGUCCUCCUAGACAGCAGGAGGCAAACAUGCAGGAGCCAAUCUUGGAUGGCAAAACGGCAAAACAGGAGCAGAAUUCCAAGCUCCUGGAUGAACAGAAAGAGAACGAUGACACAUUGGAGAAAAUAUCCCCAAACGAGAACCUCAAGUCGCCACAGAAAGGCUCCAAAAGGCUAAAAACAACAUCGUUUAAAGUAGCACUUCUGGAUAUGUCGGAUUACAAAGGAGAAAUCGAGAAACACUCGAAAGGACAGGCGCUGGUAGACAUGAUGUGUGAGCACCUCAACUUGCUGGAGAAGGACUAUUUUGGCCUAACCUUUGCAGACACAGACACCCAAAAGAACUGGUUGGACCCCUCGAAGGAGAUCAAGAAACAGAUGCGCACUCAUGUUCUCUCUGCAGACAGUCCGUGGCACUUUGCCUUUGCUGUCAAGUUCUACCCUCCAGACCCCUCCCAACUCACUGAGGAUAUUACCAGAUACUACCUGUGUCUGCAGCUGAGGGAUGACAUGCUGUCGGGUCGGCUGCCUUGCUCGUUUGUCACCCACGCCCUCCUGGGUUCCUAUAUGGUCCAAGCUGAGCUGGGCGACUACGAUCAUGACGAGCACGCCUUGGACUAUGUCGGCGAGUUCCGUUUCGCUCCCAAUCAGACUCGUGAGCUGGAAGAAAGAGUGAUGGAGCUCCAUCGAAACUACAAGGGUAUGACUCCAGCGGAGGCUGAAAUUAACUUUUUGGAGAAUGCUAAGAAAUUGUCCAUGUAUGGCGUGGAUCUGCACCAUGCUAAGGAUUCCGAAGGGAUCGACAUCAUGUUGGGUGUCUGCGCCAACGGCCUGCUGGUGUACCGGGACAGGCUGAGGAUCAACCGCUUUGCUUGGCCAAAGAUCCUUAAGAUCUCCUAUAAGAGGAGCAACUUUUAUAUCAAGAUAAGACCUGGAGAGUAUGAGCAGUUUGAAAGCACGAUUGGUUUCAAGCUACCAAACCACAGAGCUGCCAAACGGCUGUGGAAAGUCUGCAUUGAGCAUCACACCUUCUUCCGGUUGGUUUCUCCCGAGCCUCCUCCCAAGGGCUUCUUGGUGAUGGGCUCAAAGUUUCGAUACAGCGGAAGGACGCAAGCUCAGACCAGACAGGCCAGCGCGCUCAUCGACCGACCCGCUCCUCACUUUGAGCGUUCCACGAGCAAGAGGCACUUGCUGUCCAGAAGUUUAGACGGCGAGUUCUCCCGUCCCAUGUCAGCAAUGUGCGAGAAUCACGAUGGCCUCCUCCAUCACAGCGUCAGCGAGCAGCGGCACCUUCGCAGUCCCUCCGUGGAUGAGCAGGAAACCGAAUUGGAGCCCAGUUGGGAACAAGACGAGGACGAUCUGGAGCAAGAGGAGGGCCAGGAGACGGAAAGAGACGACGACCAGGAUGGAAAUGUCUCGCCGAGCAAGAAGAAAGAAAUUAUGUUUCUGGAUAAGUCGCACGAUGUGUUGCUGAAGCACCAGGCCAGCAUCAACGAGCUGAAACGAGCCCUGAAGGAACCCAACAGCAAACUAAUGAGCCGUGAGAAGCGUCUGUCGUCAUCAUCAUCGCCACCCGGCACACCGGAGAAAAAGGCCAAGGAGCUCAGUGACAAGAGGCCACAGACCAUUGUAGUCCUGGAGGAGGAGCAGGAGCAGGACACUGUGGCCUGCAUGAGGGAGGUCCAUCUAGGCAUUGAGCGCAAGUGCUCCAGUAUGACGGUCAGCUCCACAUCCAGCCUCGAGGCUGAGGUCGACUUCACUGUCAUAACGGACCUCCACUCCUGCAUGGAGGACAGCGCUAAAGGCCUGUCUUGGGGAGAGAAGGAAAGACAGCCCGAGGUGGGACGGGAGGACUUUGAGGAAACAUCACGGUUCUACUCAGCGCGUCUAAUGGGCCAAAUGGACAAAUCUCCCAUAGAGGAGAAACUUCCUGAGGAGACAGUGUAUGAGCCCCCUGUGGCAAGAAGAGAGCCCGGUGCUGUGACGAUGGCCCAGAAGCUAAAGAGGGCGUCCAAGACAGAGUCUCAUGCAAACGGAUCAGAAGUUCAAGGGACUAUCACAACUGUCUCAUCAGAGAGACUCUCCUUUACCCAAGAACCUUCUGUUAGCCUUAAAGAAAAUGGAUCACCGGAAAAAGCCAGCACUAAAGCUAAUGAGUCCAUUCCAUCGCCACUGAGCAUCACUGCGGAAAGUGUCACCACUGCAACCACGACACAAGUUACCAAGACGGUCAAAGGAGGCUACUCCGAGACCAGAAUUGAGAAAAGGAUUAUCAUCACAGGAGAUGACGACGUUGAUCAACAUCAGGCCCUCGCCAUGGCAAUACAAGAGGCCAAGCAGCAGCACCCCGACAUGCUCGUGACAAAAGCCGUCGUUAUAAGGGAAACGGAGUCUCCCACUGAGGAGCUACAGCAGAAGUUACAGUCCUGAUUGGUCAUAAUGGGCCCCCGAGGCGGUGGACAAGGACGGUCUCGCCUGCCCCUGGUGCAGCAUGCCGUGAAGCAACCUGUUAAGAGGACCAUCUAGUCCUCCCUUGAGAACAGACUGUGAAGCAGUAGACCACCUCCCCGACCAUCAAACCCGCUGUGACCCGCCCUCUGACCUCAUCCGGACCACCGUUCCCGUCACAGCCCUAAUAAGUCCGGAAGGAUCACCCGCUCGACAGUAAUUUGCUUUGGCCCUAAUAAUUUGGGGACACAGUUUUCUUGAUUAGUCGAUCGUAUUUAUGUUUGGCUGCACAAUCUCCUGCCGUAUUUCCAUUUCUUUUCAAAUCAUUUCCUUCCGCACCGCAGACCCUGUAUCACUGUCAUAGAGUACGCUCAGCAAAUGUAUACACAUCAAAUAUUCUGGGCAAUAGAAGGGGCACAGUCCCGGUGGUGCAGGAUCCAUCAUGUGAGUUCUCGGCUGUCUUACAAUAUUUUUACAUUUGUAUCUGUAGAGAAUCAAUCUUAUGCCCUGUGUUGCUAGGUAAAUAAAUAUGUACAGUACAAAAUCAGAUCAUAAUAACCUGCAUGCAUGAUUCCAAUGCAUAAACAACAGAGGGAAUUAAAAAAAAAACAAGAUACGUACAAAUGUCCUUGUCUUAUACCAAAAUAAUUUGUUGCCCCCACAUAUAGCAUCUCUUGGCUUCCCUUGGAAACUGUACUAUGCAUUGCUUGCAUCCACGUGAAUCCUACAGAUAGAGUCGGAGCCGUGUCCGCUGUUUUGCUGUCAGUGUGAAUCUUGUGCUACUGGUAAGCGAAGCAGUACACUGCUUGUGAGAUUUGCAAUAAGCAGCCAUUUUUUUUCUGUUUUCUAAAGGGAGAAAACUGUGAACUGUCAUGCAUACUGAAAGGUAUAAAAAGCUAUAGAACACAGUCAGUCAGUGAUAGUCCAAACACACUCGUCAUAGCUUUCGACUCAUCAUUUCCAAUGUCCACAUUCUUACAGCCGUCAACCACAUACAGUUCGUAUAUAUAAUUUCGUAUGCGUGGAAAGAAUAGAUAGUAUAUGAAGCUGCACCUAGUAAAUGCGGCAACUGUUGGCAAAAUGUUUUUUCUUUAGUAAUGGACAUACUACUGAUGGUCUUGAACAAGAGGCUACUUCUGCUGUUCUGAGAGAAACUCAUGUUACUUAUCUAUUUAUAAAUAUUCAUAUUUCUGUGUGUUAUCCUGUAAUGUCAUGCUUGAUAUAGACUUUAAUGCAGCAGGUUGUGGAGGGGAUAAGAGAUUAUGUUUCAAUGAAAAGACAACAGAGCACUUCAAAUGUCUAUAGAAUGUCACAUUUAUGGGUGCCUUACAUUUGGAGUUGAACUCCCAAGAACCAGAGGCCCACUUUAUGUGUGCUGACAAUUAUACAGAACUACUUAAAAGUGCAUAAUUGUGACAAUAGAUACAAAUCUUUCAAAAUUAUAGUCCUGAACAAAAGGAGGAACUGUCUAUGGUACAUGGAGGCGGCAUGGCUCAGUGGUUGUCUCCCAACCCAGAAGCUGUGGGGUUGAUUCCCAGCCCGUGCGACCGUAUUGAGCUGCUCCUGAUGAAAGUAACUUGGCUCAGCCUGAAGCAUCAAGCAAACAUCACCUUCAAUCCUCCAAUGCUUUUGUAUUACAUUCCUCUAGUGCAUGGUGGCAUCUAUGUGCUGUAUUUGCUUUCGGUCAAAAGUGAAAAAACAUACAUGCAUCAAUAAAUGUCUCAGUAUGGUUCAAA